AAGGUUUAUUUUUAUCCUAUAAGUCAUAGCAUACAGCUCGACUUGAAAAGUAAAAAUUGGUUUAAAAAUGAGUAGUCAAAUUAAGAAACCAAAAUCUACCAUCCCAAAAGUGAUUAAGUCAAAGCCAAAAAGUGGUCCAAGUGCUGCGGCCGAUAACCAAAUUUUCAGUUGCCAAUUUGAGGUGUUUGGUCAUGUGCAGGGUGUCUUUUUCCGCAAGCACACUCAGAAGAAGGCCAAAGAGUUGGAAAUUACGGGCUGGUGCAUGAACACAAGUCACGGAACAGUCCAGGGCAUGAUGGAAGGUCAACUAGAUCAAUUGACUGAUAUGAAAUACUGGCUGCAGCACAAGGGCAGUCCACGUUCGGUGAUCGAGAAGGCGGUAUUCUCCUGAAAACGUACCUUUGCCUAUCCACAACUUUAAAAUGUUCACAAUACGUCGCUAGAUCUAACUUUGUUAAAAAUUGUAG